CAUAAUUGAGUAAUAGCUAUAUUCUUUGCCCGCCCCCAUGAAUUAGAAUUAGGGUUUGUGAAGGGGUUUCAGUAUCGCUACACUCAGGAAGGCGCUUACUCUGUUCUUCACGGAAAAUGCCGAAGCAAAUUAACGAGAUCAAAGAUUUCCUUCUCACUGCCAGAAGGAAGGAUGCUCGCUCUGUGAAAAUCAAGAGAAGCAAAGAUGUGGUCAAGUUCAAAGUUCGAUGCUCCAAGUAUCUUUAUACUCUUUGUGUUUUCGACUCCGAGAAGGCAGAGAAGUUGAAGCAGUCUCUUCCACCAGGUUUGAGUGUGCAAGAUCUGUGAAAAUAUGUUGGGUUAGAGCCUGACAGCAAGAAGAGGACCAAAGUUUUUGUUUUAGUUGAAGUUUUUUUGUCCAAGUAUUUAGGGAAAUACAUACAUUUUAAAGUGGAUUGAGUUUAUUAUGCAAUUCCCAGUUGAUGUUUCAGUAAAAUUAUGUACUCUUGAUGUGAUUCCCA